AUGCCUCAAGUCAUCGACACCGAAAAAUCAUGUCUUUUGAGUAGCUCUAUAUUUGCUGCCCCCACCAACAAAUCUGGUUAUGCGAUGGCGUCAUGGUGGCUCGUGAAGGAGACGCGCGGAGGCGGUUCGCUCGUGGCGGCGGUGGCAACUAUAAAAUCCUCCGACGAGCAGAAUAACUCAGACGAGCUGGAGAUAUCCGACGAGCAGGAUCUCCCUAAUAAGCUGGAGAUAUCCGACGAGAAGGACCUCGCCCACGAGCUGGAUCUCCCUUACGAGCUGGAGAUAUCCGGCGAGAAGGACCUCGCCCACGAGCUGGAUCUCCCUGACGAGCUGGAGAUAUCCGGCGAGCAUGAUAUCUCCGACGAGCAACAUACCUUCGACGAGCAGGAUCUCGCCGACGAGCAAGAGAUUUCCGACGAGCAGCAUACCUUCGACGAGCAGGAUCUCGCCGACGAGCAGGAGAUAUCCGACGAGCAGGAUCUCUCCAACGAGCAGAAUACCUCUAACGAGCAGAAUAACUUAGACGAGCAAAAGAUAUCCGACGAGCAACAUACCUUCGACCAGCAGGAUCUCGCCGACGAGCAGAAUAACUUAAACGAGGAGAUAUCCCACGAGCAGGAUCUCUCCAACGAGCAUAAUACCUUCGACGAGAAGGAACUCGCCGACGAGCAGAAUAUAUCCGGCGAGCAGGAUCUCUCUGACGAGCAGCAUACCGCCGACGAGCAAGAUCUCGCCGACGAGCAGGAGGUAUCAGACGAGCUGAAGACAUCCGACGAGCAAGAUCUCGCCGACGAGCAGGAUCUCCCUGACAAGCAAGAGAUAUCCGACGAGCAGGAUCUCUCCGACGAGCAACAUACCUUCGACAAACAGGAUCUCUUUGACGAGCAGCAUACCUUCCACGAGCAGGAUCUCGCCGACGAGCAUGAUCUCCCGGACGAGCUGGAGAUAUCCGACAAGCAGUAUCUCGCCGACGAGCAAGAUAUUUCCGACGAGCAGCAUACCUUCGACGAGCAGGAUCUCGCCGACGAGCAAGAGAUAUCCGACGAGCAGGAUCUCGCCGAUGAGCAGGAGGUAUCAGACGAGCUGAGGAUAUCCGACGAGCAGUAUCUUGCCGACGAGCAGGAUCUCCCGGACGAGCUGGAGCAGGCGAGCUUCGAAAAAUCCGACGAGCAAGAUCUCGCCGACGAGCAGGAUCUCGCCGACGAGCAAGAGAUAUCCGACGAGCAGGAUCUCUCCGACGAGCAGAAUACCUCUAACGAGCAGAAUAACUUAGACGAGCAAAAUAUAUCCGACGAGCAACAUACCUUCGACCAGCAGGAUCUCGCCGACGAGCAGAAUAACUUAAACGAGGAGAUAUCCCACGAGCAGGAUCUCUCCAACGAGCAUAAUACCUUCGACGAGAAGGACCUCGCCGACGAGCAUAAUAUAUCCGGCGAGCAGGAUCUCUCCGACGAGCAGAAUACCUCCUACGAAAAGGAUCUUACUGACGAGCAGAAUAACUUAGAGACCACGAAACGAAAGUUGAACUAUUUACAAUAUGAAAGUUGCGAGCGGAAUUUGCAUCAAGCAAAUCCCGCUAGAGAGCACGAAACGAAAGUUAGAAUUAUUUGCAAUGCGAAAGUUGCGAGCGGAACUUGCAUCGAGCAAACUCCGCUAGAGAGCACGAAAGUUGAACUAUUUACAAUAUGA